AUGGAUUCCGACUACGAUCGCAAGUUUCAAGAAAUGAAGAAAUACAUACCUUUUUUAGAGGGUAUGAUUAAUAAAUUGGAGAGCAGCAAUUUACCUAUUAACCCUAGACAGGCGCAUCUUGAUAAAAUAAAAUCCCUGAGAGAUUUACUCGAAAAUAAGAAAAAACGAAUGAAAAUGGAGAAUUUGUUAAAGUGCGAGCAAGUCUUGAUCAACUUGUAUGCUAAGGUUGAACAGACAGACCUGAAGCGAGAAGGUAAUAAAACAGGCUCUAAAAAUACGGACUUGAAUACGGUCAGGAACAAAUUGAAGUCUAUUGUAACAAAAUUAGAUCAAGACGAUACAUCUCGAAGUGUAACAGGUGAUGAAGUAGUAGAUAGUGCGCAGACAUCACUGUUCGAACGACGGUCUAGCAAAAGUUGUUCAACGCCAGUAAAAGAACCAUUAAAUGACAACAAGAAGAACUCACCACAAGCAUCUAAAAGAAAUUAUACACGAGUGCUUUUGUCACCAGAAAGAUCUGAUCAAAAAUGGUCCGAUGAUGAGAAUCCUAAAACUGAAAAACUGUAUAGUAGGAGGUCUCCUAGGAGAAUUUCGAAUAAAUAUUCUCCUACAUAUAAAAAAGAGAGGAAAAAGUCAAAAAAGUUAAAGGACCUGCAGUCAAAGGACCUAAAUAUAACUUUAAACGUGCCCGAAGAAAGUUUGAGUUCCUUAGAUACGGAGGAUAUUUUAUCUAGAAUAAUUAAUUGUAGUGAUAGUGAUGUUGACAUUACUACGCUGCGUGAACUGCGAACACAGAUCUUAGGUGAACUUAAACAGACGGGCGUUAAAGAUGAUAUUUCAGAUUUAUUACUGAAAUCGUGCAAGAAGAAUACUGCAAUAGAGAAAAAAUGCGAAGUAGAAGAAGGUGAAUUAUCGGAUAGUGAGAGUGAAACAAUUGAAAACAUAUAUGGAAGUUUAGUCAUCGUCGACAAAGAAAAAACAACGAAAGAUUCUGUAGGAAAAGAUAAGUCACGUAAAAUUCAAAUUUGUUUAGUUAUUAAUUCUGAUAAAAAAGGUGAUAAUUCUUUAGACCACGAUAAAAGUAAUUGCGUUAUAAGUGGAGAGGCAUCAAGUUUUGAAUCUUACCCUGUAGAAAAGACCCAAGAAUCAGAUUUAAAAGAAAGCAAGGUGUCUAGUGAGAAAGUAGCCGUCAAAAAGGAAGAAAUUCAGCACCAUGUAAAAGACGAACAACCUUGUAGACAUCUUGAAUACGAGGGCAUAGUCAUUAAGAAAGAUAACAAGUGUGAUGAAAUAAUUAAAUCUCAAAUUGAAAUUACUAAAGAGGAAAAAGAAACAAAUGACAAUAGGACUGAAAUGAGUAGAGAUAUUAAUGAUGAUAAAAUUUUAGAAGACAAUGUCAUAUCUACGAAUAAAAAUGAGCAGUAUUUUGCGCCUAACUUCUAUAAACAUGACAAUGACAAUAAAACUAUAACGAAUACUACUUCGAAGUCUCAUAAAUUAGACAAGUCAGCGGUAAAAAUUGAAGACGAAUCAAAUCAAACACAAGAAACUAUUCAAAGUCCUGUUGAAAUACCGCUUUUAGAUUUAGAGGCUUCAAAAAAACAAGAGAUUGUAUCAGAAAUUGACAUAUUGCAGGCUUUAAAAAAAGAAAUACUGGGCGAGAGCCCAUCAUCAACUACCGUUGAGAAUACUCCACUUCUUCAUCAACCAAAGAUAUCAAAAGUAUCAAGCGCUAAAGAAAUUGUGAAAAAGAGAAUUUCAAUUGAAAAUUAUAAAGAGAAAUGUCACUCAUCGACUGAGCCGAGGAAGCCAUUAUUUUUCCGCGAAGCGAAUAAGAAAAGAAUACAGUUGACUGACAAAGAAUGUGAAAGAUUUAAUCUUCCCAAAAAAAUUUCAUUUAAUGAUGAUGACGAUAAUUCUAUUGUCUCUCUGGGUGAAAUUUAUAGUGAUUUAGCUCCUAAAUCACCAGAUCAUGAAGAUUUUGCUGACACAGGAAUAAAACCACCUGUUAUAAUACCUAGUGACCCGGUUGAACCCACAGUGGUAUGUUCGUUACUGGACGUGGAUAUGAGACAUGUCUCUAUUACACCUCAAAUUUUAACAGGUACAACGUCGGCAUCAAGUAUUUCUGAAAAUACUGAUAAAACAAAGUUGUCAGACCCCAGAAAGUCUCGUUGGGAAUCUUCGUCGACAAAACGAGAGAAUAUUCUGCCAUCAUUUAACCCCAUAGACAACCCGAAUCAAACUCUACAAUCUACACUUCAAACCCCGUGUAACUCAAUAUUGAACCCUAAUAUGGCUCCUUUAACACCUAACAGAACACCAGUAUUUGUUCCAAAUGCGAGAACUUACGAAGUGACACCAUCCAGACCAUCACACGACGCUGAAGAGAUCCCAACGAGAAAACAUGUUUACGCGCCAUCAUUUUCGGUUGCAAAUUCAUUUGAUACAAAUGAUAAGAACGAACGCUUCUCAAUGGACAAUUCCUCUACUCCUAUCUGGGAAUUGAAUCCUAUUGCCGACGUGGAUAAUUUUGACACAAAUGAUUCGUAUGGACGAUUAGAGCGCUCGACAACUCCUGUGCGCUCCUUUGAUAGAUUCGAUUGUCCAUCUACACCAUUACCAUCAUUUGGUAGAAUGGAGUGCCCUACAACCCCGUUGCCAUCUUUUGGUCGAACGGAAAGAGCAAUGACUCCCAUUAAUUCGUACAGUCAUUUCGAAAAUUCCGCAACAACGGUUCAUCCCUUCUUAAGAAGAGGCGAAGGUUCAGCAACACCUGUCCAUUCGUUCGGUCGUUCAGAUGGUUCAACGACGCCGAUUCAUACAUUUGGUCAUUCAGAUAGCUCUUCAACACCGUCUCACAUAUUCGGUCGCUCCGAAGGAUCCAUAACACCCGUUUUUUCAUUUAAUCGUUCUGAAGACUCGCCGACUCCUUCGUACAUGUAUGGUCGAUCUGAUGGUUCUACUACACCUGCCCAUGCUUUUGGAAGAUCAGAUAGUUUGGGAGCACCACAAUCUUUUGAUGUGUCAAGAUCCGACUCGUAUAGAAGGUCUGCGAAGCCACCUUACAGGCGACAUGAUCCUAGACUUAAUAGAAGUUAUGAUCACGAUAAUUAUAAUAGGCCCGAAGAUGAAAAAGAUUAUGGUUACAACAGGAAUCCUCAAUUCUUUUCCGAUUAUCAGUCUGAUCAAAGAUUUUCUGAAUCGUCCAGUGGAUGUAGUCAAAAUUACGGAAGACGUGAGUUUAAUAGAUCUCGAGGCCGAAGGGGUGAUUGGUCUUAUAAGGACUCUUACAAAUCGGAUAGAGAGCCAAGUGCUAAUCGCUUUAUACGCAAAGACAGGGACUCUUAUCGCUUUCGUAAGAAAAACUCUAACUACAACGAGAGAAAUCUUGAAAAAUCUAUUGAUAAAAAACAUUCUGCCGAUAGAGAGAGAGAGAAGGCAUAUACUUCUUUAAGGAAGAUUGAUGUGUCAAAUGUACCAUCUGAAAGUCGAACGUUAGCGAUUGAUACAAGAGUCAAUACCACGUUUCAAGGAACAAACAUAACGUUAAGUAGUUUUGAUAAACGAAGACAGCGUGCGGCUAGUGUUGGAAGGAUUUUGACACAUGAGCCUAGUCUGGGUAUAAACAAAAACACCGUUACUAGGAGAUCGGAAACCGCCGAAAGUGAAACUCGUAAGAGAUUUCUACGAGCGUCUAGCGUUGGCAGAGAAUUUCACACAAAUGUCAGUUCAAGUUUUAAAGAUGUGAAAGCUGAUUUGCGAUCUUUCAAGUUGACAAACGAUUAUAUUGUGAGAAAAAGUACUGUUGAUUUUAAAGCGGAAAAUAAUUCUAUAAAAUUAAACCAUGCCAAGGGCAUAAACGAAAGAUAUUCGCCGAGAAAAAAUAAUCGUGAUCCUAGAAUGCGGCGCGAAUCAAGAUUUGAUAGGGCAGAGAAUAGUAAAGUAAAAACAAGUCCAAUUGGUGACACAAAAAAGUCUGGUAUAGUAUACACCGAUAGCAAUAUUUCCGCGGGUGCCAUUACUAUAGGUGCAAGUAGUAGCGUCAAAAAUUAUAAAAUACCAAAAAUAAAACGAUCACCAGAAAAAACUGUUGUAAGUGAAAAUGUCCAAGAACAUGAACCAUCUAGUACUAAACUUAUUACUAAAGAAAACUCUUCAAGUGAAAAUAACAGUAAAACGAAUACAGAAAGUAAAGAAAUUGUUGUGUACGUAACAUCGAAGGACACUGGUGAGUUUCAAAAGGAGAUAUUGAAAUUCCAGAGGAACGAUAAUGAUAUAAAUGACUCAAAAGAAAUCGAACUACAGAAAGUCAAAGAUUUGUACAAAAGUGUAAAUGAGAAUGCUUCGUCAUCUUAUCAUCGUGGAGCAGAAAAGGUAGACUCGAGCGAAACUUUAGAAAGACGUGUUACAAGAUCAGCAACAAAUAACACGAAUGUCACCGAUGUUUCACCAUCAAAAUCAAUUAGGAAGUAUAAAAGAACAAUUAUAUACGAAGACUCAGAUUCUGAUGAUAAAAAUGACAAAAGCAAUAAUGCUAUGUCGCAACGAAAAAACACAACUGUCGAAAGAGGAGUUGAAAUUAAAAAAGUAAAUAUUGAAGAUACAAGUCAACAAUCCAGUACAAUGAAGAAUUCCAAUCGGUUAAUGCCGGUAGUUGAUGUCAAUUUAGAUGUGGUUUUGCCACAAUCCGAAAAGAAUUAUAAAAGUGAAGUUAAUUAUGAGGACAUUAUCGCGAACCCGGAUAUAAAUAAUUUAACAAGUUCUGGUUGCAAUGUCACGACAAUUGAUAAAAGUUCUGAAAAGGUUGCUCUAAAGUUGGAAAAUACGGCUGAAACUACUGUUGCCGAAAACAAUAAAGACCGAAAUAAAACUAUUAAUAAUGAAACUAAUGAAAUAACUCCAUCAAAUACUCCUUAUUCCACGCAAAAACUUGAUGAAAAAACUAGCGAUUAUAUGGCUGAGCAUACCAAUAAAGAAAGCCAUAUAAAUGACAAUACCGAAGACCCUGAACCAAAUAAGGAAUCAGACGAAUUUCAUUCCAAUUUUGCCGAUCUAGAAAUAUUUUCUGAUACCAUAACAACUGAUCCUGUUUUAGAUAAUAUAAAUGCAUUAAUAGCAGAUUUAGAUCAUGAUUUAGACGUGGAAAAAAACAAUGAAUCACGCGGUCCAUUUACACAAGAGAUCACCAUGGAAAAUAUGUUAGAAAACAUAACUGUAAAUAGCAUGAAUAGUAAUGAUAAGAUAAAUAAACCAGAUGAAAAUGUAUCAAUAGAAGUAAAUGAUAUUUCUAAAAACAUUAACAGUUCAGCCAGUAUCAGUUCUAAAAAUAACGAAAAUAUUUAUGAACAAAAGACUGGUGAAGUUAAGGAUAGUUUGAUUAAUAACGAUAGUAAUGAUGCAACGGUUUCUACUACAAAAGAAGAAGUUCAAAGCCUUAAAGAUAAGAAUAAUGAAACUCGAGAAAAAAAUACAACAGUUGAUAGUUUGGCAACACCUGAUAGCACCAUAAAUGUUGAAAACCAAUCUAAAUUGGCAGACGAAAAUGUACCCGAUAGCACAAAUGAUUUCAAUGAUAUUUCGUCAUCAAAUUUAAUAUCCGAAACCCAAAACAAAAAGUCCCCAAAUAGUCAUCAAUCUGAACGUGCAGAAAGAAGUGAUUCUAUCGGAAAUUUUUUAUCAAUACUUCAAGAUAAAACUAAGAUAAAAGAAGUAUUAAGUUUACUAGGUGAUUCAUCAUCAGAACAUGCGAAAAUAAAAAGAAAACUAGAAAAGCUUAGUGAAAUUGUAUCCGAUGACGAAGAAAACGAUAACGGAUCUAAAGAUGCCGUUACGAACAAAAAUAAUAAAAACAAAACAGAAUGUACUUUGAACAAAGACAGCUAUAAUGAAGUUACUGAAAUCCAAGUUAAUACUGUUGUGGAGAAUUUAGAUAAAAAAGAUAAGGAGGAGGAAGCAAUAAACGAUCCUAAAAACGUAGAAUUCCAUGAAACACCACAUAAUUUACAUAGUAGUAAAGAUUCGUUCCAACAAGCGAAGGAACCAGAAAUUGGAGUAGAACCUCUAACUUCCCCUAAACAGUUAGUAGAAAAAGAAGUGAAAAUCCAAAAAAGAGGACGAAAACAGAAAACGUUAAAUAAAGGAGUUGCGAGUAUUAAAAAUGCAAAAAAAAAUACUAGCGUUAUUCCUAAAACUAAAAAACCUUCGAGAGAGGUAUUAAACUUACAGGCAGACAUUCGCGAGAUGUUUUUAAAAGAUGAUAAAGAAAUCUUAGACGGUACAACAGGGCUACGAAUGUGUCGUUUAGCUAAAUUAGUUGAUAGUAAAUCUCAAAAUGAUAAAUCACAAAAUCUCCAAGAAGAUAUAAUAAAGACUUCCAGUAAUGACAAUUCGUCAGAUAUAGGUGACAAGAAUAUUAAAAAAAAAACUGCUAAGAAGUCAAAAAGUUUAAACUCAACAGACCGGAAUGCGUCAUCGGAAAAGGUAAAAAUAUAUGAAGAUUCAAAUUCCCAAAGCUCGACUAAGUCCAUGUAUACUAAUGAAAAUGAAUCUCAAAAAGAUCCAUAUGUCUUUGAAACCGAAUCGGUAGGCGAAUCCAUUUGUACUAGUGAAAAAAAAGAUGACUCUUCCGAAUACGAUAGCGAGUCUUCUCUCGGACCAGACUCUUGUAAGAGUGAUUUACCAGAGCGACGUACUCCAGAGGCUAAGAAAAAAACGAAGCGCAAGCGUUCUGCGUGGCAAUCGGGAGUAAUUGUACCCAAAAACAAGAAAAAGAAAAACCAAAUCUCGAAGAUAAAAACUGAUAGUGAUCCUCUACCUAAACUAGCCUUCGAAGCCAAGUUGCUUGAUCCUAACUGUUAUAUUGAUAAACUUUACUGUUUUUCAAAAAAUGUUUUAAUCUACGAUUGCCGAUUAUGUUCAGAAAAAGACAGUGCGAUUGUACAUCAUUAUAAAACAAAGCACCCGCACAGUGAAAUACCUUUAUCUCGUAUGAGUCCAGAUGUGGCGCAGGAGGCCAUUAAGCAAUGUGAAAAAAUAGAUUUUCAAGCUAUCGGUGCAGUUCCGAGCCAACGUUACGUAUGUCGGUUUUGUUUCAAAGAAUUCGCAAGUUGCAAGAGUUUUGAAAGCUUCUUUUGGCACGUGGUAAGUGUCCACACUGGAGAAUACAAGUAUGACUGUUCAAUUUGCGAUACAGAUAAAGUAUGUCCAUUUAGUUUGGACAUCCCUCCACCACCAAAUAAGGAAAAGGGUCAUGUGACCGGAUAUGUCUGUGGAAAUUGUAACUACACUCAAAUAUCAUUAGAAAAUCUGAAGAGCCACGUUAUCUCACGGCAUAACGAUGAAAAGACUGAAGUAUACACUAUUAAUUUGUCUCACAUGUCAACAAAGUCUAUAAAUACACUGUUAAAACGACCAAAAACUAGUAAAGAGGAGCAACGUGUUUUGAGAAGUUCAAGGUCUAACAUAAGUCCUGACCUUGUCGAUUACAAAGAAAAAGAAAAUGAUAUGAGCAAUACGGCGGCAUCGAGCAAUUUACAGGAUUUAAAUAUCGAAAACAUUAAGGGACAGAAGAAAAACCAAUCUAAGAUAACAUUUGAAAAUGAUACUGAUUACGAUAAUAUCACUAAACUGUCUAUGCAAAUAGUCGAUAGAUUUAAAGUAAAAGAAGAGAAGAGAGAUAUCGAAGUUAAAGAAGCAGAGGUCAACUCAGAUAAUGGUACCGAUUUGAUCCCCGCUUUAGACGCGAACGAAGGGCCAGAAGAAGGGGUAAAUGAAUCAGUUAAAGACAUUAAUGAAUUGCCUCAUUUUAACGUCACGUUUACAGAAACAGGUAGCAAACAGUACGUUUGUUGUAUUAAUCAACAUCACAAUCACUACAAGACGUCGCUAAUGAUUUCAUUUAAAAAACAUGUCGCGUCGCACUCUGAAAAGUGGGACGGUUAUUGUCACGUUUGUAAAGCUAUUGUCAUGCCCCAAGGAGCCCAUUUAUUUAAGACUUGUCUGCAGCAUUUUACGGAUAAUCAUCCUGACGGUUUUCCCGUUUUGGAGUCACUAGAAAAGCAGGUCAUCGAACAGCCCGCUCGACCUUCGGCAUCUCCGAGCCCGCUCGAAGUUCACCCAAACCAUUUUUAUCUGUCAGGCCAUUGGCGGAACUAA